AUGGCAAAUGGAGAACUCACAAACAUCCUCGUCUCCACCGAUGUCACUCGAUACCUCGAAUUCAAACAGAUCGCAGGCAGCUUUGUACAACAAGGUUCAGGUCCGCGAGCCACGGUCGCCAAAGUCCCCUCUACCGCUGGCGAAGCCUUGAGCUCACCAUUGAUGGGCUUGUUUGAAAAGAGGAGAGCAAAGAAGUUCUUGGAAUGGGUUGGCACUUUUGAAGACAGCAAUCCGUCCACACACAAUGUAGGAUUCAAUCUGAACAGAUGCACGAUGAGAGAGGUCUACGACAAAUUCGGCCUCGAAGCAACGACCCGAGAUUUCAUCGGCCAUGCCAUGGCUCUGUUCCCGACCGACGAGUACAUCAAUACCCCCGGUAUGGCGAAGGAAACCGUGGAGAGAAUCCGACUGUACGUCAACUCGAUGGCACGCUACGGCAAAUCUCCGUACAUCUACCCUCUGUACGGCCUCGGCGAGCUUCCUCAAGGUUUUGCUCGAUUGUCAGCCAUCUACGGCGGUACAUACAUGCUCAACACCUCGGUUGACGAGUUCCUCUACGAAGGCGGUAAGAUCAGUGGCAUCAAAGCGACAAUGCGAGAGCGUGGUGAGGAAGGAGAAGGCAUGAAAUUCAGCACAAAGACCAAGAUGAUUCUGGGCGAUCCCACAUACUUUCCUGGCAAAGUCCAAGUGGUCGGCCACCUGCUCAAAGCCAUCUGCAUCCUCAACCACCCGCUCGAGAAGACCAACGACUCUGAUUCUCUACAGCUGAUCAUCCCUCAAUCGCAGGUCGGACGGAAACAUGACAUCUACAUCGCCAUGGUCUCGUCUGCCCACAACGUCUGCCCCAAGGGGUACUACAUUGCGAUCGUCACCACCAUCGCCGAGACCUCGUCCAACCACCACCUCGAGCUUCAACCUGGAUUGGAGAGAUUGGGUCGUAUUGAAGAGAAGUUCAUGGGCCCGCCUAUCCCACUGUACCAGCCUUUGGAGAGUGGCGUUAACGACCGCAUCUUCAUCUCCAACAGCUUCGAUGCGUCGACUCACUUUGAGACAGUGACCGAGAACGUGAGGGACAUUUAUCGUCGCGCAAUGGGUGAAGAGUUGAAGGUGGAGGGGUUAAGGGAAGGGCAGACUCUGGCCGAAGAAUGA